AUGGAGCAAGCUGGGCAGCGGCGGUUGCCAACUGACCCCAAAGCCACUUGCUUUGCGCUGAAGGUGGCGGGGUGGCUGCUGCCCGACGUUCGCCGGCACCUCUUCCUCCUGCUCUGGAUCUGCGGCGUACCCAUACACGUGCGGUAUGUGGCGCACCUGCUUCGUAUCUCCGCCGUCCCGCUGGAGAUGGCGAUGACGCUGACGGAGGGAGACCCAGCCAACCCCGCGGCGACGGAGGCGCAUGCGUCGCCUGUUCCGCCGGAUGAAUCGUUACUGCGGAAGGUGGCGCUGGACGUUUUGUUUACGCAGGUGGCGGCUGACUGCCGCGCGGCAAACGCGCAGGUGCGGCGGGCGUCUCUCUCCAGCGCGGCGUGGUCGGAGGUGCGAAGUUUGUCGUACCGCGUGGACGGGGCUGGUGUCACGCGGGUUGUCGCGCAGGACGCAACUGCAAAGGGCGAGGUGUUGGCGCUGCUGCCGGCGGCCGCCGCCGCCUCGUUGGGAGAGCUGGAGGCGACGUACUUCACAGCCAUUGAUCAGGCCCGGCUGUUCCGGGAGCAGUACGCCGCUCCCCCGGCUCGCAGUCGCGCAGACUGGGAGGGAGCCAGCAGGACGCACCCCGCGAGGGGGCAGCCUGGCGGCCGUCACGACACCCAACUCGAGGCAGGUGUCGCUGCGGAUGUUAUUCUUGUUGACAGCGGAGACGACGCCCACUCGCUGCAGCAGCCUGCCAUUGUGAUACUUUCCGACGACGACGGUGGUCGCAGCCGCAGUUGUUCUUCUCAUCCUCCCGCAAAGCGGCGACGGAAGUCCUCUUCGGAGGCCGUCUACGAAGUGGUGGAGUGA